AUGAAGUUCCUCUUCAAUCUACUCGUGAUUUCGAGUGUAUUGGCCUUUACCACUAAAGCACAGUCUCAAUAUAACGUCGGCUGCUCUAAGCACAAAACACUCCUCCUUUGUACUGGUGAACAACCCAAUGAAGAUGAUCUUCAAAGUUCUGAACUUCAAACCAUUAUGAUGGUGAAACUUCCCGAAGGCACUUGGCUGUCCCUAGAGAAACCACAAGUAGCAACAGGUGAAAUUCAGAAAAUUGAAAUCAAAUUCUCCUCCCUAGCCAAAGUUGACCCUGGCUAUUUUGAAAGUGUCAGUGGGAGGAAUAAGCUCAAAAGGUUAGAAUUUCGUAAUGUUGAUGGCUCACUUGUUUUGGACAAGAAUGUGCUCAAGGGGUUAGAGAAGUCGUUAAAUUACUUGUCUGUUUUCUACGGUUUAAAAGUGAACAUUGCCGAUUUGACUGUAUUAGAAAAUCUUAUUCAUCUGGACCUUAUUAACACCACGAUUAUUGGAACACUGGCCGAUUUCGAAAAACUCCUUCAGCCACUACGAUCGCUUGAAAUUAAAGAUUGCAAUGUCAACCAACUACCUUGGGAUGCAUUGGCUAAGUGGGUUAGUAGUGGUGAAUCAAAACGACUCAAAAUUCAUGAGAACAAAUGGAUGUGCGAUUGUUCAAUUGCUAAAAUCAAACACCUUCAGUCAGGUAUAAUUCAAAGGUAA